GGAAGCGGAAGCGGCGUGACUGGGAGCGGUCGCUUUCUUUUCCGGCCGGGGAGCGUGCUCGGUGCAGCGAGAGAGGCCGUCUGUAGCCAUGAGCGUCCCGGCUUUUAUCGAUAUAACCGAGGAAGACCAGGCUGCGGAACUAAGGGCUUACCUGAAAUCUAAGGGAGCUGAGAUAUCAGAAGAAAAUUCUGAAGGUGGACUUCACAUUGACUUGGCUCAGAUCAUUGAAGCAUGUGAUGUGUGCCUGAGGGAUGAUGAUAAAGAUGUUGAAAGUGUGAUGAACAGUGUAGUAUCUCUUCUUCUUAUUCUGGAACCUGACAAACAAGAAGCUUUGAUUGAAAGUCUAUGUGAGAAAUUGGUCAAAUUUCGGGAAGGUGAACGACCAUCACUCAGACUGCAGCUACUGAGCAAUCUCUUCCAUGGCAUGGAGAAGAAUACCCCUUCAAGGUAUACAGUCUACUGCAGCCUCCUUAAAGUAGCCUCCAGCUGUGGAGCUAUACGGUACAUUCCAACUGAACUGGAGCAGGUUCGAAAAUGGAUUUCAGAUUGGAAUCUUACCACAGAGAAAAAGCACACCCUUCUUCGACUGCUCUAUGAUGUUUUAGUGGAUUGCAAAAAGAGUGAUAAUGCAGCAAAAGUAAUGGUAGAGCUGCUGGGAAGUUACACAGAGGACAAUGCUUCUCAAGCCAGAGUUGAUGCUCACAGGUGUAUUGUCCGUGCAUUAAAGGAUCCUAAUACCUUUCUCUUUGAUCAUCUACUCACCUUAAAACCGGUCAAAUUUUUGGAAGGAGAACUUAUCCAUGAUCUUUUGACAAUUUUUGUUAGUGCCAAGUUAGCAUCCUAUGUCCGGUUUUAUCAGAACAACAAGGACUUUAUUGACUCUCUUGGUUUAUUGCAUGAACAGAGCAUGGCAAAAAUGCGACUGCUCACCUUUAUGGGAAUGGCUGUGGAAAACAAGGAAAUAUCAUUUGACACCAUGCAGCAGGAACUUCAGGUUGGAGCUGAUGAUGUUGAAGCAUUUGUUAUUGAUGCUGUAAAGACAAAGAUGGUGCAUUGCAAAAUUGAUCAAACACAGAGAAAAGUAGUGGUCAGUCACAGCACACAUCGAACCUUUGGAAAACAGCAAUGGCAACAGCUGUAUGAUACACUUAACUUCUGGAAACUAAAUUUGAAUCAAGUGAAAAACAGUCUCCUUAGCUUGUCGGAUACCUGAUUAUUUGAUGUAAUUAGUUUGUAUUGGAUGGAAACUCAGCUAUAUUAAACCAUUCAACUUAAUUUUGUGAACUUUUUAUUGAAGAUAUCUAAUUGGCUAGAAUACACAAAAUAACGAACUAUAAGCUGAUAAAACAAUAAACUUUAAACAAGAAUGAA